GUGACACAAAUUCAAGAAACACAGGUCAAGAUGACAGAAGUCCCAAAAAACUUCGAUGAACAUUCUUCCUUCACAUCCUUCCCUAGGCUUUCUUUUGACGAGGUUAAGACCACUUUGGACAAGAUUACAGAGGAAGGAGGUGGAGGCUUAUAUGGAGAUGGGCCUCGAGAGCAUGGCGCUGGAGAUGGGUACGGAGAAGUGAGUGGAGGAAGGUAUGGAAGAAUAUGUGGAAGUGGGUAUGAAAGUGAGUUGUAUGGACGUGUGUCUGGAAGAGGAGGAGGAACCAGAGGCUGCACAGGAGAGGGCGGCGCGCUCAUGGGAGUCACCGGGGUAUCGAAGGGAGCCAACGAAGGCCAGUCACCAAUGGCCAGAACCUGCCUGAUACAAAGUCCCGCAUAUUCCCUCAGUCUUCUCACCCCAUACCAAGAGGAGGGGCAGAUAUUAGCCAAUCCCACGGGAGAGAAUGAAGGGGAAGAAGAUGAAGACGAGGGAAUAACGAGGAGUGUGAGUGCGCGUCGAAAAGAGCGUCUGGUGCAUCAGCUUGCCAAACGGAAUUCACUCGGAGAAGAUAUUGGUUUCAAAGUGUCCUUCGCAGAUGAAGGGAAAGUCAAGAGUUGGCAAGACCGCGACGGCGCUCAGCAUCUCUUCACCACUACAGGAUGCUGGAUCUCGGUCCAGAUUGAACACGCUGCUCCCUCCAGCGCCUCCGUCAGGUUCCUGGUGGUAUUUUCGGAUCACUCUCACUCGGCCACGCCCAUUCGCCUCUGCCUGAAGCACAAGGGGCAGCAGAUUGAGCACGACCACAUACUGACGGUGCGGAGAUCCUCCGAGCCCAUCCUGGCGACGGAGCCCCAUCUCUCCUGCCGGGUGACCCCGUGGGAGCUCGACCGGGAGGCUUACCGGGCAUACCUUUCUUUCCACUGCUUCGGCGCCUGCUUCGAAAGGAGGAAAAUGACCCUCAUCACCCAGUUGGAGUUCGACGGGCGUGUGGUGGGGCGGCGGUCCUUCUCCCUCUCGAUCACCGCCAACCCCGGCCGCGCGUUCAAGGCGGAGAAGAUGAAGACUCGAAAUGAAGCUGGAAGUAACAGGAGUCGAAAAGGCUUCCGCACGUCAAAGCAAGAACCCCAGAGCCUCGGGGCUGAGCAGGACGCCGCGGAAGCCGCGUUUCGAAGCGCCCUGCAAAAGACGCAAAAUUUGUCCUUGCUGCUCAUGGUCAGCGACCGUUUCAAGAGCCUCCACCCUGAGGAGUACGCGGCCGUGGUGGAGGAUUUCCUCUCCCUGAAGAAUUGAAGAGCGUUUCUGCACUGAAAAAAGGGGAAACUGAUAGGAAUGGGGAAGAUGAAUCAGAAUGAGGGGAAAAGAAAAGGCAGAAGAUAAUUCAAGAUUUUUUUCCAAACUACAUUAAUUCGACUUUUCUUCCAGGAGAGAUGUGUGUGUGUGUGUGUGUGUGUGUGUGUGUG